AUGAAGCACCCGGGUGCCAUCCUCGGCCACUUGGCCGCCAACGGCCUCCGUCCAACCGCCGUUGGCCGGGCCGGCUUCUCCCCUCUGCAGCCAAGACUCUCCAACGGCCUGUUCACGGCCGCCAAGAAGCGACCCCGCGUGUCUGCCACCACGCCCGUGGUCGCGGGGGCCUUUCUCACCUGGCUGUUCUACCCCACGGACGACUUUCGCCGUCUGUCCGGCCAGCAGGGACAAGCCAACCUGGUCCACACCUCUGCCGGCACCAAGACCGACAACAACGCAGCAGCGGAAGAGGCAGACGAGACGUCGGAGAGCGACAAGGUCGGUGAGCCAGCUCAAGAGACUGCUUGGAGCCACUUCACAAAGGGUCUUGAGGAGCGCUCUGCCGCUGCGGACAAGGAAUGGGCAGCCUUUUCUGAAAAACUUGUUGGUUUCAUCUUGCCCGAGUGGUCGAGACAGAUCCCGGGCUACAUUCGCAAGCUGCAACACGAACUCUCUGAUGCCCCCGGGUCUCUCGCCGAGGACUUGUGGGCAGAGGCUCAUGAUGCCUCGGUCAACCCAGAAAUUCAGUAUACGGCUACGGUCCGCGUUUCGGAGGACUUGUGCCCAGACGAAAAGGAGUUCCUAGAGCGCCGAAAGAAGAAGACGAGAGCUGCUCUCGCCAAGUAUCUGGAUAUCGACGAAAAGGACAUUCAUCCAGAUGACAUUCCCACCAUUGCCAUGUGCGGCUCCGGUGGCGGUCUGCGCGCUCUGGUGGCUGGAACCGGCUCUCUUCUUGCUGCCACCGAGGAUGGCUUGUUCGAUUGUGCUACUUACACUGCUGGUGUCAGUGGCUCCUGCUGGCUGCAGCUUCUCUAUCUCACUUCUUUCAAUAAGGGCAGUAUCCCUUCGCUUCUAGAGCACCUCAAAGCCCGCACUUGUACUCAUAUUGCCUAUCCUCCUGUUGCCUUGCAAGCAUUUACUUCCCUUCCAACUUCACGACCUCUGCUGAGCGGCGUCAUUGAAAAGAUUCGCGGCGAUAAGAACGCUAAUUUUGGUCUCGUUGAUAUCUACGGCCUGCUUCUUGGUGCCCGAUUUCUUGUCCCAAAAGGUGAACUGGGUGUCAACGACCGCGACUUCAAGAUUUCCAACCAAAGAGAAAUUCUCAAGGACGGGGAUCGCCCGCUUCCCAUCUACACUGCUGUUCGACACGAAAUCCCUGGUCUGGAAGAAGGCAAGGAUAAGACCAAGUCCUCCAAGAGCCCCGCCACCACCAAAAAGGAGCUCGACAAGGCUGAGGAAGAAGCCUGGUUCCAGUGGUUCGAAAUUACCCCUUAUGAGGUCUUUUGCGAAGAGAUUGGCGCCGGUAUUCCUACAUGGGCCCUCGGGCGACGAUUCAAGGAUGGCAAGGAUGUGCCGCUCGAGCACGGCUUUCACCUUCCCGAGAUCCGCGCACCUCUGAUGAUGGGCAUCUUCGGAAGCGCCUUUUGCGCCACUCUGAGCCACUACUACAAAGAAGUUCAGCCCAUAGUCAAAACCCUGACCGGAUUCGGCACCAUUGAUCAGAUGAUUUCAGAGCAGGACGUUGCCCUCGCCAAGGUACAUCCCAUUGACCCUGCAACUAUCCCAAACUACGCCUAUCAAAUGUACGGCAAGCUCGCCAAGACGGCCACGCCUAGCAUGUACGAAAAUGAGCACAUUCAGCUCAUGGACGCUGGCAUGUCCAACAACCUGCCCAUCUAUCCCCUACUCCGCCCUGGCCGCGACGUUGACAUUCUCGUCUCGUUUGACGCCUCGGCCGACAUCAAGACGGACAACUGGCUGGCUGUUGCCGACGGCUACGCGCGCCAAAGAGGCAUCAAGGGCUGGCCUAUCGGUGUGGGCUGGCCCCAAGACGAGAAGAAGGCCGUUGCCGAGAUCAAGGCUGCCGAAGCGCACUCCACAGCCCAGGCCGACGCCAAGAUUGAGCAGGCCAAAGAGGAGCAGAAGCAGCAGGACCAGCGCAAGAAGAGUAGCGAACUCGGCUACUGCACCGUCUGGAUCGGCACCACCGAGGAACGCACGACCGAAGAAGGCCACCCCGCCACCCAGCCCAUCUCCGAAGCGGAGCACUGGCGCCUGACGGACCCCAACGCCGGCCUUGCCGUCGUCUACAUGCCCUUUUUGCCCAAUAAGAAGGUGCCCGGCGUCUCCCCGGCCGAGAGCGAGUUUAUGAGCACCUGGAACUUCAUCUACACGCCCGAAAACAUUGACGAUGUGGUGCGUCUUGCGCGCGCCAACUACGACGAGGGCAAGGCGCAGAUUCGGAACACGGUACGAGCUGUGUACGAGCGCAAGAAGCAACUGCGGUUGAAAAAGGAGGAGUCUGUCUAA